AUGAAGACUCUGCUGCCUUUCUUCCUUUUCUUGAUCACAGCGUUCACAGCAGUUCACAGCCAGCAGUGCACCAGAGACCAGCAACUAACAUUGCUCAAUUUCAAGAGCCGCCUUCUGUUUAAUUCUUCUCUUUCCUCCAAGCUUGUAGCAUGGGAUUCUAGAACCGACUGUUGUUCUUGGCCUGGUGUAGCUUGCAGUACUAAUGGCAGUGUUAUUGGUCUUGACGUCAGUCAUGAGUAUAUCUCAGGUGGAAUUGACAACUCUAGCAGUUUGUUUGAUCUUCAGCAUCUUCAAAGCCUCACUGUGCUGCGAUUGGAUUUGAACACGAUAGCGUCUCCCAUUCCUGGAUUCAUUGCCAACUUUACAAACUUGACUACCUUGAGUCUCAGAAGCUGUCGCUUGCAGGGAACAUUUCCAAAAGAGAUCAUUCAGGUACCUUCUUUACAAACUAUUGACCUUUCCUAUAACUAUGAUCUUGGUGGUUCCUUGCCUGAGUUUUCGAAGAAUGCAUCUCUUCAGUCCUUGAAUCUAUUGGCGACAAACUUUUCAGGAGUCAUACCUGACUCCAUUAGGAACCUCAAUAUGUUGUCAACAAUAAAUCUUUUAGGAUGUAAAUUUACAGGAUCAAUUCCAAGGUCAAUGGGAAACCUUACAAAAUUGGUUCAUAUAGACUUGUCUGGGAAUCAGUUUAGCGGUUCAAUUCCAUGCUUCAGUAGAGCAAAAAAUCUAGCCGAAAUAAAACUGAAUGCAAAUGAUCUAAAUGGUCAUAUUAGCUGCACUCAGUGGCAAAACCUUACUAGCCUAGUGACUAUCAACCUGAGUGAUAAUAUGCUCCAAGGGAGUCUACCAACUUCUUUGUUUUGUCUUCCCUUGCUCAAGAGCUUAGAUCUUGGUCACAAUCAAUUCUCAGGCCAAUUCCCUCAAAUUUGCAAUGCCUCUUACUUGUUGGAAAAUGUUGACUUAAGUGACAACAAUCUAGAAGGACCAAUACCAAUGUCUAUAUUUAAUCUUCGAGGACUCAAGGGACUUCUUCUAAACUCAAACAGUCUCAAUGGCCCAUUUCCUCUUGAUCGUCUUCACCAGCUCAUAAAUCUUCAGAUUCUUUAUCUUUCAGAGAAUACAUUCCCUGAUUUAUUGAGAAAUCAAGCUGGCUUGGCAUUUCUUGACCUUUCAAAUAACUUGAUACAUGGCAUGAUACCUAACUGGAUUUGGAAGCUUAAUCUUCACCAGCUGAACCUUUCCUGUAACUCUCUACAAAUUAUAGAAUGUCCUUUACUCAAUGUGACAUCUCCUGUUUUCACCUUGAUUGAUUUCUCAUGCAACAAGUUCAAUGGAUCAAUACCUGAGGAAAUCGGAGGAUUCAAAUCACUACGAGUCCUCAAUUUGUCUAAUAAUGCUUUCACAGGUGCAAUCCCAUCAUCAUUAAGUAACUUGCAGGUACUUGAGUCCUUAGACCUCUCCCAGAACAAGCUGAGUGGUGAAAUUUCACCAGAGUUGGCAAAGCUUACUUUCCUUUCGGUCUUAAAUCUCUCUAAUAAUCAACUUGUGGGCGAAAUUCCAUCAAGUACUCAGUUUUCGACAUUUCCAAAAUCUUCAUUUGGAGGAAAUGAAAAUCUAUGGGGGCCUCCUUUGACAGAAGACAACUCAGCGGGAACAUCACCACCAACAGAAGGAAGUACUCAAGUUUCUGGACAUAAGGUUGAUUGGGAUGUUAUCAGUGUUGAAAUUGGAUUUGCAUCUGGCUUUGGAGUUGCCAUUGCGUCAUUAUUCAUAUGCAAGAGAUGGAGGCAGUGGUAUUACAUGGCUAUGUAUAACAUGCUUGUUAGGGUAUUCCCACAGCUUGAACAAAGAUUUGGCAAUCACAGAAGACAUGUUUCCAUCCAUCAAAGGUACGGGAGGCGUUGA